CGCUCGCUUCGUCGUCGCGGAUGGUGAACGUGUUCUCAGUGCGUUAGGGGUGUGCGUCGCGACGCUCUCAAAUCGUGUGGUGAAAUUUCGCGCGCGCUCGACGCCGCGGUCGGUUUGUUUUUGUUGACAGAAUCACGUGCGUGCGUGCUCGGUUGUGGCCUUUCACCUCUGGGUAUUUUUUUUGGAUUUGAUGGUGAUACGUGAUAUUGCUCGUUUGGGGAAGUAAAUCCGGUGCAGGUGAAAUUUCGCAACAAAAUUAAACCGAAUCGUGACUGCACUCUCCGGCGUAAACAAGAGGAGAAGAAACGGUUGCGCGUGACGGAAUGGUGCAAAGAAGAAAUUAAAAGAAUAACGUAGAGGAAAACGAAAGAGUGAAGAUCGAACGAGGUGGUGAGGUGCGAUCGAGGCAGAAGGAGGAAAAGAGAGUAUACGAUCGAGCAAAGGAAGAGGAAACAAACAAGGUGAAGAAAACGAAGGGAAUUUACUCACAAAGGUAGCCCCGCACGUCAACAAAGAACUAAACCAGAGACCGGAAUUCUAACGGUGGUGGUCGGCGGCUGCCGCGGUAAAAGUGGUGGCCACGGUCUGCCUUGAGGCGCGUAUCUCCGGUUGGCGGGCGCGACUUUCCGUAUUCGGAGAGUCAGUGUAUGUGGCUGGAAUUUACGCGCGAAGAAAACAAGAAAAUAAAAAAAGGUGAAGAAGAGCAAUAGUCGUUCAUGAUGUGGUGUAGUUGCAGGUAGGAAGAAGUGAUCAACAAGUGCUUUAUGGUGUAGAGAGAGAGUAAAUUCUGAAGCUGUCGUAGCCUUCACCGGACAGGUGUAACCGUAUACGAAGAAGUGUCUGGUUAAUGAGAGUGGGUUGAAGAAGAAGUGGUUGAAAACGUGCCAAGUGAGGGACAACGCGCGCGGUCAAGUAUCUGUGUGAAAGUCAGUCAAAGUCCGAAGGCGCGCGAUGAAAGAGAAAAGAUUGCACUUGUCGUCGCGUCCAAAAAUGCCGUGCAGCGUCCCAGUUUUGGCCGGCAUUCUGCUGGUGACGAUGAUGGUCAGUGCCGGCGUCGGGGCCGCCCAACGGCAGCCGGUCUACAUCAACAAGUGCUGCCGGGUUGGCGAGUACUACGACGACUCGCAGCAGCUGUGCGUGGUCGGCGGCAUCAAAAAGUGGGUCCCCAAGGUGUUCCUCCCCGCCAAAAACCAGAUCUACACCGACGUCGGUAACGCACCGGUCCACAUGAAGUUUCUGGAGAACAAACGCCCGGAAAACUGCAAAGUAACCGCGUACACCACCGACCAAAUCCUCCUCAUGGGCAACGGUUCCCUCUUCCUGAGUCAAAAACACUCCCUAGUCUCAUCCCCCGAGUACUGCGUCGACGAAAAGGUCGCCCUGGUCUGCGCCCGGGACAACGGAAUGGAUUCCCUCCAAGCCCCAGAGAAAACCACCUCCGUCUGGCGCUGUUGCGGCCCCAACUUCGCCUACGACAAGGAGAACCAAACCUGCGUCAAACUCAACCAAUCCCACGUCAAUUACGGCGCACGGAUCGUCCAGUCGGCUCACGUGGACCUGAGCUUCCGCUUCCCCGAUUGUCGGGAGCAUGCCAUCGCCGGAAUCUUCAAUCCGGAUAACCUUCACGAGGACACCGGCUCGGUGUCGAUCGACUCGGGCAAGAUCUUUGCGUCGCACGAGUACUGUCUGGAGCAGGGCCUCGACGGGAAGACGGUGUACGUGUUUUCCUGCGUUGAGCAUCUGCAGCCGGACUCGGUGCUGGUGGAGAAUAAGGACCUCCGCUUCGCGCUCUACUCCGCCGGGCUGCUCAUCUCGGUGAUCUUCCUGGCGGCCACCCUGGCCACCGGUUACCUGGUGACCUCGCAGCACCACGUGCUGCACUGGCGCUGCCAGACGCACUACGUGGCCUGUCUCCUGAUCGGGGACCUGUUCCUGGCCAUCGUUCAGCUGUCCGGAAACUCGAUCACAGGGCCGGCCUGCACCAUGAUAGCAAUCACCAUGCACUUCUUCUUCCUGGCUGCGUUCUUCUGGUUGAACACAAUGUGCUUCAACAUCUGGUGGACUUUCCGUGAUUUACGCCCGACGUCGCUGGAGAAAAGCCAGGAGAUUUGUCGUCUGCGGAUCUACGAGGUGUACGCCUGGGGCGUCCCGUUCGUCAUUGCCGGCGUCGCGGCCAUUCUGGACAACCUGCCGGACACCGUCUAUCUGAGGCCCCGGUUUGGCGAGCGGACGUGCUGGUUUUAUGGUGAUAUGGAGAUAUUGACCUACUUCUUCGGCCCGGUGGGCAUUCUGCUGUGCAUCAACCUGCUGCUGUUUGCGUCGACCGCCCGCCAGCUGACCUGUGGCCUCUGGAAGCGAGACGACGUCAAGUCCACCACGGAACGCCGCGGUCUGGUUUCUUCUCCCUCUUACAGUGCUGCCCUCGGACGCGUCUGCAUGAAGCUGGUCGUGGUGAUGGGCGUCACGUGGGUCGCCGACGUGGCCUCCUGGGUGUUCGGCGGUCCCGAUUACAUCUGGCUCGUCACCGAUCUGAUCAACGCCCUGCAGGGGGUGUUCAUCUUCAUCGUCGUCGGCUGCCAGCCGCAGGUCUGGUCCGCGAUAAAGCGCCUCUGGAACUCCAAGACGGGCCGCUCGUUCACCAACACGACCCACGGCCCGCAGCACUCGAGCUCGAGCCACGGCCUGCCCUCGAUGGGCGAGUCCAUUACGAACAACACCUGCACGAACACGGCCACCACCACGACGACCAACUCGGCCGCGAAUGCCACCGCCAACGGAGGAACAAACAGGGUUCCCAUGGAAACGGUCUGUUAGACGGCGGCGGCUACUGCGAUGAUGACAGGUUAGAACUUCGUUUUUUUGGGGGCGAGCUGCAUACUGGGCUGCACUAGAUUCAAAGUUGGGAUCUAGUAGGCCACAACAAACUUGACUGCUGGCUGAGCAGGGCUUCGAAAUUUUGAAAACAAAAAAAAACGUUUUUCUUUUGGAGAAAUUUAAUCAAGCAUUUACAGCAAUACUGCCAACAAGUAUACCUAGAAUUAAGAGGGCAACAGUUUCGACAAAUAAGAGUUGAAUUUUUGGCGGAGCUGGAAGCGAAAUGUAGAGACGACUAAUUUUAUGUAAAUAUUUGUUUCAGUGUACAUGUUAAUCCGCGCUUUUCUCUGUAUAUUUUUGAUACCGCCCCCCGCUUGGACUGCCCUUUCUUGACACGACCUCUGGGCAAGAAAGGGGUCAGUUACCUUAGCUUUUGUUCUCGUUUAUUGUUUUACUUUCUGGAUAAGAUGUUGAGCUUUAAUUAGUAAGGUAAACUUGUCACCCCUCACCUCGUAAAAAUGCAUUCUUUGCCACAUUUGACUUUGCUUACUAAUUGCAAGAGAAUUGUAUUUCCUUUAAAAUACUUACUUUUAAAAGCGGUAUUUUGACACCAAACUGUCGUAUUAUUUCUCCCAUCUGUAAAUAUUGUAAUAUUUAUUAUCACUUAAUUUAGAGAAUAGUCCGCGCAAACCGCAAAACAAAAAAUGACUGAGAAAAAUCAACACACAAUAUUUAACAUUGGAAGUCAACAAAUCAUAUAGGACAAGUAAAAAGUCGUUGUUUACUGCAGUUUUUCUGUAACAUUUUUGACGCGUUUGUAGCCCGUAGUGCAAAACGAAAUAAAGUAAACCCCCUUUUUGAGACGUGUUUUGAACUUUUAGUCGGCUUUUUUGAAUAGUGUAACACGAAAAGUCAAAUCCCACCGGAGAGACGUAAACAAUACAAAUAAAAUAAAUUACAAAAUCUUCGCUAAACUUGGUAGAUCUUCCACUUUUAACUGUAGAGACUACUACUAAAGAACUGUAAAACAAACACCACUCUAUCGAAGUCGCUAGUCGAAAUCACCCUAUCAGUAUCACUCUAACAAAGCGCAGCUAGGUAAAAUCAUUCAUUUCCCACUCUCACUCUCAUCAGUAGUUAACACAAUUUUCACAAACUUUUAACAACGGAAGAAAUCUGUAGCUUCUUGCUUCUAACGACAACUCCGCAAAACUUUGAAAUUAUUGACGAAAUUUUUGAAACGUAUUUAUUCAAUUAUAUCAAAAAUAAUAUUAACGAUAGAAAAAGAAGAAAAAGCACACAUUAGUGAGAUAAAUCGAUUUUAUAUAGCAUUAUACCGCCCGCGGACGCGAAACUAAUCAAUAGUAAACAAAAACAAAGUAAACAACAAUUAAACAGUAUUUGCCGUUUGUAGUCCGAAAAUGUUUUAUCCCACAAGUGUGUAACCUCCCCCCCCCCUUUUUCUCUCUACUCCAAAGCCGAAAAUGUAAUCGAUAAGCAAGCAAAACAAAAAUGGUAACACGCGCUAUGACUAACAAACUUGCACGCAAAAAUGCAUAAUAGAAGUAGAUAAAAAACAGACAGUCGAAAUAAUGCAAGCUGAAAAGUAUACAUCUAUUAAACAACUCUCUAGUUGGUAAGAGUGAUAAGUGUCGAAAGCAGGGCUGCUUGCAGCAGCAGCAGCGCGAUUUUUCUCUGAUAAUAAUUACUGUAAACAAAGCAAAACAAAACAAUACACAUAAGCUAAAUAGUCAAGUAAGCGAUAGACCAAAACAAGUUGCAAAAAAACGAGUCUUUGAAGAAAAAAAAACUGAAUUGUAGAAGGUGGAGAACAAUAACAAAACGAACCGAAAAACAGGACGUGAUUGGAAUAAAACAUCAAUUAUUGAAAAUUA